GUUAAAGUUGAUGAUUGGGAAGAGUAAGUAGUGGAACAGACGAAACUGAGGGACCAGUUGGUUGGACGGUGGCAGUGGCAAUGGCUCUGCUAGGGGAGGACGGGCGCGGCUACGAGCUGGCGCGGAAGCUGGACACGAUUGGAGCGUGGCGAACCUGGCUGGGCGACUCCACCUACGCCAACUUCGGACCCUUUCUCUCUUCCCCUUCCGCUUGGGACUCCUUCAUCACCUCUAAGUCUCACUCUCACAUUCCCCUUCAGCUCCGAGUCCGCGCCCUCCUCUUCGACAAAGCCACCGCUUCUCUCUUCCCCAACCCCUCUCUCUCUCGCCUCAAUCCUUCUUUUCUCCAACUCCACCCCGACGACAUCUACUUCACCGUCGACAACGCUUCACCCGACGCUAAGAAUCAAUCCAAAACAGCUUCUGCUACCGGAUCCAGGUAUGUCGAAUCUGAACUUCCUGAAUCGUGGUACAGUCAAGUCAUUGAGAAGUAUAAGGCUAAUAAGAACUUAGUUCCGCGUUCGCCGGCGGAGAUGGCUUCGUAUGUUGCGUAUGCUAGUAAUCAUAAGAAACGGCGCGUCGCAUUUAAGGAAGAUCCGAAUGGAAAUUCCGUUACGGAACCGAAUGGUGGUGGUUUAGUUGACGAUGAUACUACUGUUUUUCCGGAGAUAACGUAUGUGUUUAAUUGCGUGCCUGAGAGUGCUCUUCCACCGAGUAGUAGAGUGGAGAAUUUGCAGAAAGUGAAGGUGUUUAGUGUUCUUGAUAUGUUGCCUCCUAUCACGACCAGGAAUCCUGUUAUGAUUGAGAGGCUAGGUAUUAAGCCUGAGUACCUUAAUGCGGAACAUGGAGGGGCCUUGGGCCGUGGGAAAUUUGGGCCUGAGGGAAACGGUAAGGUUAUUGGGACUGAGCAAGCGGUGAUGCUGUCUCAGAAGGCGGUGGCGCGUGUGUUGUUGGGUGUGGGAUUUGAAGGUGCCAUGGAAGCUUCCAUUGAGGACUUCUCUGAAGUGCUGGGCGAACGUAUCUGCAAAAUAGGGAAAAAUCUUAGAGUGCUUGCUGAUAGUUAUAAGAAACAGUGCUCCGCCAUUGAACUUCUAAAGAUGUUGCUUAAAACAUUGGGUUUUAGCAACUUUGCACCAUUAGUGGAUGUGGUUAAAGAUGGCUCCAAGAAUAUUGUACAACAAACUCAGCAACAAGUUCAUGGAAUUCAGCCACAGGUGCAGCAACAGCAGAGUUCCCUUCGGCUACCUCAACAAGUUCAAAUGCAAAGGCAGAUGCAUCCACAUAUGCAGCAGAUUAUGCACUCCCAUAAUAUGGUUUAUCAGCAGCUGCAACAGCAGCAACAACAACAGCAGCAGCAGCAGCAGUUAGAGAGAAUGAGGAGGCGCACAGCAUCUACUCCCCGCCCUACUAUGGACAUAGAUAAGGAAAGACCAUUGGUUCAAGUCAAGAUUGAAACCCCAUCAGAUUUACCACAUGAUGGUGGUACCUUCAAUUCUAGACAUCCUGCUCAAAUGCAGUUUAGGCAGCAGCAGAUGGCUGCAAUGUCUAAUUUCCAUUCUCAACCUGGUUCUCAGUUCAGACAUAUGGGUUCCUUACAGAUCCCCCAAAUGCAGUCGCAGAACAUUGGCAUGGUUAGAACCCCACCUGUGAAGGUGGAGGGCUUCCAGGAGUUGAUGGGUGGGGAUUCUACAGCUAAGCACGAUUCAGAGGAAAAUAGGCUGACUUCUCCCACGGGUAAAUAGUUUUUCUAGUCUUUUAAUCAGCCAGUGUGUGCAUCCCUGGAGGCCCUAUAAAAUUGGUAUGGUCUUAAAAUUUGUUCUGGCCUUUAUUGUAAUAUAGCCUUUCUUCAGUUUACUUUGUAUAAUAGCCCAUACAAUGCAUUCCAACCGUACCAUGUUGGAUCUAACAUAUAUUUAUUGAAUUAAUUGUUCACUAAAUAUACCAAUUUCUUCUAGCGGUGUUCCGUAACAAAUAAAAAAAGAUAAAAUUUUGUUAG